ACGAAUUAUACUGAGAAGACUGAAGAGUGAGAAACGAGAAGUGAGUCUUGUCUUAUAGGUGUGUGGUCUUGAGUGAGAUGGUGUAACUUACAGGCAGGAAUUGAGAGGUAGAAUUUACAGGCAGGAAUUGAGAGGUAGUGUUCGUAAAUCAUGGGUAUUUUAGAAAUGGAUUUAUUCUGUGGAUCAAAAUUUUGGGAUGAAAACAUCACUUGGUAUACGGAUAAUCCGGAUUUCACUCCUUGCUUCGAAAAAACUGUUUUUGCAUGGAUCCCUUGCCUGUUUCUUUGGAUCUUUUCGUCUCUGGAAGUUUUCUAUCUACUCAACAGCAAAUACAAAGAUGUCCCCUGGAAUUGGCUGAACAUUUCUAAAUUUGCUCUGAUGGUUGUCAUCCUAGUGGACUGCUUAGCUGACUUUGUGUAUGCAGUGGUGAUCAACUCUGGAGGGCAGCGGGUCUAUUCCGUGGACUUCUAUUCUCCAGCCAUUAAGUUCAUUAGUUUUUGCCUUGUAACUACGCUGAUGUGGUUCAACAAGAAGAGAGGUCAGCGAUCGUCGGGUCUAAUAUUUCUUUUUUGGUUCAUUUACUCUCUGUGUGGAGUAGUCCAGCUGCGGACCAUGCUGCGACAGACUCUUCAACAUAAUGCCUUACCAGAUCCUAUGUUUCUUUCAAUCAGCUACCUUGUAUUCUACAUAGCCACAGUUUUAAGUUUACUUCUAAACUGCUUUGCUGAGCCGGAACCGAAGUUUUCUGAGUAUCCCAAAGUUGAGAGGUUGUGUCCUGAGAAAGCAUCAUCAUUCCCCUCAAAGUUGACAUUCAACUGGUUCUCAGCACUAGCAUGGAAGGGCUACAAGACACCACUAGAGCCUAACCACCUUUGGCACAUGAACUUUGAAGAUACAGCCCAAGAGGUUGUGCCCAAAUUUGAUAAAUAUUGGGAUGCACUUGUUUUGAAGAAAUCAAAGUCAUUCUGGGAUGAUUUUGGUGCUGGCCCAAAGGCCUCUUACAUGAAGCGCUCCGGAAGUGUGGACUUUGUGGGUAACUCUACUGGUCUGCAGCGCAGUAGAAAUCGUCCCGCCUCUAUCUUGAUGCCUCUGUGUAAAGCUUUUGGUGGUACUUUCCUUUUUGGCUCCUUUCUGAAGUUGAUCCAGGAUCUCCUUACUUUUGUGAGCCCUCAGAUACUGAAGUUGUUGAUAGGAUUCACCUCUAGCCAAGAUAGUAUGUGGAAGGGAUACUUCUAUGCAGUCUUGCUGGCAGCGACAGCCACAUGUCAGACUCUGCUGUUGUCCCAAUAUUUCUACAGGAUGUCUUUAGUCGGGCUGCGUAUCCGCACUGCGCUCAUUUCUUCCAUCUACAGAAAGGCUCUAAGAAUAUCCAACACUGCCCGCAAGGAGUCAACUGUGGGAGAGGUCGUGAAUCUCAUGUCAGUGGAUGCUCAGCGUUUCAUGGACCUCACAGCGUACCUCAACAUGCUGUGGUCCGCUCCUCUCCAGAUAUCUCUGGCUCUCUAUUUCCUCUGGCAGACCCUUGGACCUUCCGUGCUCGCUGGAUUGGCAGUCAUGAUUAUUUUAAUUCCUGUCAACGGCUGGGUAGCCAACAAAGUAAAAAACCUACAGAUUAAACAGAUGAAAAACAAAGACGAACGAGUUAAGCUGAUGAAUGAAAUUCUCUCUGGUAUCAAGGUGCUGAAGCUGUAUGCGUGGGAGCCAAGUUUUGAGCAGCAAGUGCUCAAAAUCAGAGAUAAAGAGAUGAAAGUGCUCAAACAAGCUGCUUAUCUCAAUGCUUGUACCUCUUUCAUUUGGUCCUGUGCACCUUUCUUGGUAUCACUGGUAACUUUCGCAGUCUAUGUGUUGAUUGACGAUCAGAACAUCUUGGACUCAGAAAAAGCUUUUGUGUCGCUCUCACUGUUCAACAUUCUACGCUUCCCGCUUUCCAUGCUUCCUAUGCUGAUAUCCAACAUGGUUCAGACAGGGGUUUCUGUGAAGAGGAUAAACAAGUUCAUGAACUCUGAAGAGCUGGACCCUAACUGUGUGCAACAUGAUCAGUCAGAAUUUGACCCAGUGGUAGUGGAGAAUGGCACGUUCUCAUGGGGAGGAAUGCAGGAGGAAGCAGUGGUACUACGGAACAUCAAUGUACGAGUGAAACAGGCAUCCCUGGUGGCUGUGGUGGGUACUGUGGGCUCUGGCAAGAGUUCACUCCUCUCUGCGAUACUUGGCGAGAUGGAAAAACUUACUGGACGAGUCAACACUAAGGGAUCGAUUGCAUAUGUGCCACAACAAGCCUGGAUCCAAAACGCCACUCUCAAGGACAACAUCUUGUUUGGACAAGGUUACGAGCCCAACAAUUACACCAAAAUCACUCGGGCUUGUGCCUUACAGCAAGAUUUCGACAUGCUACCAGCUGGAGAUUUGACUGAAAUAGGAGAGAAGGGUAUAAUAAACCUGAGUGGUGGCCAGAAGCAGCGAGUCAGCUUAGCUCGAGCUGUUUACAGCAACUCUGACAUUUACUUGUUGGACGAUCCUCUCAGUGCAGUGGAUUCUCAUGUCGGAAAACAUAUCUUUGAGAACGUCAUUGGGCAUAAAGGUGUACUUAAGAAAAAGACUCGUAUACUAGUGACCCAUGCCAUCACCUACCUGCCAGAGGUGGACCUGAUAGUGGUGCUGAAGGAGGGCCAAGUGACAGAAAGUGGAACCUACAAAGAGUUGUUGGCUCAGAAGGGAGCCUUCGCAGACUUCUUGGUCCAGUACCUUCAGGAGGCUGGCGAGGAGGAUCAAGUAGAUUUACCAGAAGAGAUGACAGAACUGUUAGAAUCCAAUGUUGAAUUGAAACAGAAGCUGGCUCGACAACGAUCUCGAGACAGUGAGAGUUCAACACACUCUCUGCAGAGACAGAGGUCUUCAUCGGAGAGUACAAAUCCAGAUACCAAACUGUUGACUCAGAACCACACUGCCAAAAAACAAGGAGAUAAACUUAUAGAAGCUGAAAAAGCCGAAACUGGUUCGGUGAAGAAACAUGUGUACAUGCAUUACCUGAAGUCAGUUGGAGCUGUACUGACAUUAGUUACAAUAGGCCUCAACAUUCUGUUCCAAAUGUUCUCAAUCGGCUCAAACAUUUGGCUGUCACGGUGGUCAAGCGACACGUCCCUCAUAGUCAAUGGCACGCAGGACGAGGGCAAGCGUGACAUGUACCUAUCAGUCUAUGCUGGUCUAGGUCUGGGACAAGCCAUUACACGUUUGGUAUCUGCUGUGACUCUAUAUCUGGGCUGUCUCCUUGCGUCUAGUUGGAUGCACAACUACAUGCUCAACAAUAUUCUCCACUCACCAGGCUCCUUCUUUGACACUACGCCUGUCGGUCGCAUACUCAACCGCUUCAGUAAAGAUGUUGAUACUCUCGAUAACACUCUGCCUCAAAACAUCUUUUCUCUCAUUACUUGCCUAUUUUCGGUUUGGAUCACGUUCGCUAUCUUCGUGUUGAACAUAACCAUGUCCCUGGGCACGUUGGGUGCUGCCGCAUAUCUCCACAGAGCAGUUCUUUCCAACACUUUGCGGACUCCGAUGGAGUUUUUUGAUGUCACUCCUGUCGGGAGACUGUUGAAUCGGUUUUCCAAAGACGUAGACACCGUGGACAGUGCUCUGCCAGACACUAUCCGAGGCUGGAUGUAUUGUUUAUUCGGGGUAAUAGCAACAUUGACAGUUAUCAGCUACACAACUCCCAUCUUUGUAAUCAUCAUUUUGCCUAUUGGGAUCCUCUACUUCUUUGUACAGCGUUUCUACGUCGCCACAUCAAGACAAUUAAAGAGACUAGAGUCAGUCUCCCGUUCUCCUAUAUAUUCACACUUUGGUGAAAGUGUUACAGGUGCUGUUUCAAUACGUGCUUAUGGAGUUCAACAUAGAUUUAUUAAAGAAUCAGAGGAUAAAGUGGAUUUCAACCAAGUGUGCCUGUUCCCCAGCUUAAUCUCUAACAGGUGGUUAGCAGUAAGGCUUGAGACUGUCGGAAAUCUUAUUAUUUUCUUCUCUGCCUUGUUUGCUGUGCUCGGUCGAGACACAAUGAACCCCGGAUUGGUUGGUCUGUCAAUCAGUUAUGCUCUUCAGAUCACACAAACUCUAAACUGGUUGGUGCGGAUGACAUCAGAUGUGGAGACCAAUAUUGUAGCUGUUGAAAGAAUAAAGGAGUAUGGAGAAACUCCCCAGGAAGCAGCAUGGGAGGUGAGUCCUGGACCACCAGCGUCUUGGCCGGACAAGGGACAAGUGGACUUCAAGAACUACCAAGUACGAUAUCGAGAGGGACUGGAACUUGUGCUCAAGGGAGUCACUUUCUCAGUCAAAGGGGGGGAAAAGGUUGGAAUAGUAGGACGCACAGGAGCUGGAAAAUCUUCCCUCACUCUCUGUUUAUUCCGUAUACUGGAGGCUGGGGGUCAGAUCACAAUCGAUGGACAAGACAUCUCCAAGCUGGGUCUGCACGACCUCAGAUCCCGGCUCACUAUCAUUCCUCAGGUACUUCAGUCAGACAAUCUGGCAAAGAUCUGAUUUUUAUGGUUGUGU